UGAUACAAGGAAGCUGCGACGGAGCUUGACAAGUCGAUUUGUCGGAUUUGGGCAUUCGUGCAGUUGGGCAGCCGCGACCGACUUGUCGCAGCGCGUGCUGGGAAGGCGCGCUGGAGGAAGGGCAUAAGCUCCUGCGAGCCUCGAGCUCCUGCAUCGCAACUGCGCCUGGUGCUGUGCUUGCCUUCACUUGAUCCUCACCCGAGCUCGUCGCCCUUCACUUGCGAUUCGCAGCUCAUCCGUUUCCGCUCUUCCACACGACCUGCAGAGAAUGAGAAUCACCGACAGCCAGCGCACAAGUCGAGAGACCAAACGUGACAGAUCUCGCUCGCGCCGUCGCUCCCGUAGCCCUCGUCGCAGCCGUCGCUCUUACGAUUCCAGAUCCCGCUCACGCUCGCGUGACAACUAUAGAAGAGACGAACGCAGAUCCCGCUCUCCCGUCAACGGAUCUACCGCCGCUCCCGGUUACGCACCCAGCAACACCUAUCCUUCCGACCGUGAAGGAGGUGCCGCAGCACCAGCUCCUAGAAACUUUGAAGAGCGCGUGGUCGCCAAAGAACAAAUGAUGCAGAACGUGCGCGAGCACUCACAGCAAGAUCGUCGUGUCUACGUCGGCAACCUCUCCUACGACGUCAAGUGGCACCACCUCAAGGACUUUAUGCGCCAAGCCGGUGAGGUUAUUUUCGCCGAUGUGUUACUUCUCCCAAAUGGAAUGUCGAAGGGAUGCGGAAUUGUGGAAUAUGCAACCAGAGAUCAAGCUCAGAAUGCGGUCAACUCCCUUUCAAACCAGAAUCUUAUGGGAAGACUGGUCUACGUUCGCGAGGACCGUGAGGCAGAGCCUCGCUUCAGCAGCGGUGGCCAAGGCGGCGGCGGCGGCAUGCGUGGCGGGUUCCAAGGAGGCCCCAUGCGUGGUGGUUUCAACGGCGGCUUCGAUCCCAUGGGCGGUGGUGGUGGCCCUGGUAUGAUGGCUGGCGGAAGCCGUCAAAUCUACGUCUCCAACCUCCCUUACACUGUCGGCUGGCAAGAUCUCAAGGACCUCUUCCGCCAGGCUGCUCACACCGGCAACGUCAUCCGUGCUGACGUUCAUGUCACCCCUGACGGUCGCAUGAAGGGCUCUGGUAUCGUCGCUUUCGACAACCCCGAUGAUGCCCAGGUCGCCAUCCAGCAAUUUAACGGAUACGACUGGAACGGACGUGUCCUCGAAGUCAGAGAAGAUCGCUUCGCCGGACCUCCUGGCUUCGGUGGUGGUCGUGGCGGUUUCGGUGGCCAACAGUUCGGUGGCCGUGGAGGUUUCAUGGGUGGUCGUGGCGGCUUUGGCGGUCAGUUCGGCGGUCGCGGUGGUUUCGCUGGCCAGCAAUUCGGCGGCCCUCCUGGUGGUUUCCACGGUGGUCCCCCUGCCGCACCCGCUCCUCCCAACCCCUUCACCGACUUCGCAACCUCUGGUGGCGAGCCCGGACCUGUCAUCUACGUCCGCAACCUUCCCUGGUCUACUAGCAACGAGGAUCUUGUCGAACUCUUCACUACUAUCGGCAAGGUCGAACGUGCUGAGAUCCAGUAUGAGCCCAACGGCCGUUCGCGUGGAACUGGUGUCGUCGAAUUCGGCAGUGUCGAUGAUGCUGCCACUGCUAUCACCAAGUUCUCCGGAUACCAGUACGGUGGUCGCCCUCUCGGCCUGACCUACGUCAGAUAUUCCAACCAGCAGCCUGCAAUGGAUCCCAUGCAGGGUCAAGAGCAGACCAGCAUGCCCAUGGGUCUCACACAGGACCAGAUCAUGUAAACUUGCCUCAUGUCCAUUGAAAGAUGACAUCGAAGACAUUUUCUUGGGCCAACAAGCAUGAUGGCGGAUGUUUUGCCAGCGCUGUCUAAUGACCAAGCUUAUCAAUGCUCAGCAUGGAUCCACAUGAGCAGCACUUGACGAGUGAUGGCUUUACG